CUUUUAAAGUAAGGGAAAAGCAAAACCCAGCAGCCAAACAAGUCGUUUCUUCCUUUAUCUUCCAUUUUGAAGCGUGGCAGUUCCGUAAAUAUCGAGCCCCCAGUUGACUCCUCAACAAACGUGUUCCCAAAAUUCAACAAUACCAAUAGUAGGUCCAAUAAUACAACUCCAAUUUGUGUGAACCAAUGUGAAUUGGGUUUCUAGAUUUUUUUACCAAAAUAUAAAAGAUUUCAUGUUGUCCUGGUGGCUUUAACUUCAGCUUUGUAAUUUUUGGGGACCCUCCUAGCUGCUCAGUUUGGUACUUUGGUUACAUAAUUUUCUCGGCAACCAAACAAGUUCCCUAUUUUACUGGGGCUUCCCUUUUUUGGGGGACUUUUUCUUUUUGUUAAACAAUGCCUGAACACUGAACAGGUGGUACAGAAACAUGAGGACCGUUGAGUGUGGGAAAGAAAGAGAAGGAGUUUUGAGCUCAAGUGCAUUUUUUCAGAAAGGAAGACCUUUUGGAUAGGUGUAAUUGUACCCCCCCACUAUCAGUGGUUUUCAUGAGAAGCAUAUGUAGGAGCUUGAAAAGUUUGACCAGAAGUCCUUUUUAAGUGCUUAUAUAAGGAAGAGCUUCUUAGCUUCCUUCAGCAUUCACGUGAACUGAUCAUUCAUGGCUUCAGUUCAUUCAAACAACGAAGAACUUGAAACGAAAGAGAUGGACACUAGAAGUAUGUCAUCUUCGCGCAAUCAUUCACAGGGCACACCUUACAUUCACAAAGUAGGACUUCCCCCAAAGCAAAAACUCUUCAAGGAAUUCACAAACACCAUCAAAGAAACAUUCUUUUCAGAUGAUCCUCUAAGGCCCUUCAAGCAUCAGCCAAAGUCGCGAAAGUUCAUCCUUGGCGUGCAGGCCAUCUUCCCCAUAUUUGAAUGGGGGAGAGGAUAUAAUCUGUUGAAAUUUAGGGGGGAUCUAAUUGCUGGGCUGACUAUUGCUAGUCUCUGCAUCCCUCAGGACAUUGGCUAUUCAAAACUUGCAAACUUGGCUCCCCAGUAUGGAUUGUACUCGAGCUUUGUUCCACCGUUGAUCUAUGCUAUCAUGGGCAGCUCAAGAGAUAUAGCCAUCGGACCUGUGGCUGUGGUGUCUCUCCUGUUGGGUACCUUGCUCCAGAAUGAGAUUGACCCCACAAAAAAUCCAGAAGAUUACCGGAGGCUGGCGUUCACGGCUACCUUCUUUGCUGGGAUCACCCAAGCUACCCUUGGGAUUUUGAGGAUGGGGUUCUUGAUUGAUUUCCUAUCUCAUGCCGCCAUUGUUGGAUUUAUGGGCGGAGCUGCCAUCACAAUUGCACUCCAACAGCUUAAGGGUUUUCUUGGCAUAAGGAAGUUCACAAAGAAAGCUGAUAUUGUCUCUGUAAUGCAAUCAGUAUUUCAGUCAGCCCAUCAUGGGUGGAACUGGCAGACAAUGGUCAUUGGAGCAUCAUUUUUAACGUUUCUUUUGUUUGCCAAAUAUAUUGGAAAGAAGAAGAAGAAUCUCUUCUGGGUCCCAGCAAUUGCCCCGCUGAUAUCGGUUAUCCUGUCCACCUUUUUUGUGUACAUAACUCAUGCAGAAAAGAAUGGGGUUGAAAUUGUGAGACAUAUCGAAAAAGGAAUCAAUCCUCCAUCUGUGAAUGAAAUAUUUUUUACCGGGGACUAUCUCGCGAAGGGUUUUAAGAUUGGUGUUGUGGCUGGGAUGAUAGCAUUAACAGAAGCUAUAGCAAUUGGAAGAACUUUUGCUACCAUGAAGGACUACCAACUAGAUGGAAACAAAGAAAUGGUAGCUCUAGGAACCAUGAACAUUGUUGGCUCAAUGACUUCCUGCUACGUGUCGACAGGUUCAUUCUCUCGCUCGGCAGUGAACUACAUGGCAGGCUGCCAAACUGCAGUCUCUAAUAUUGUGAUGUCCUGUGUUGUUUUCCUGACCUUGCAAUUCAUUACACCUCUUUUUAAGUACACCCCAAAUGCCAUUCUCGCUGCCAUCAUUAUAUCUGCUGUGAUCAACCUAAUCGACUUCCAAGCAGCAAUCCUUAUAUGGAAGAUUGAUAAAUUUGAUUUUGUGGCUUGCAUGGGAGCCUUCUUUGGUGUAAUCUUUGCAUCUGUUGAGAUAGGCCUCUUAAUAGCGGUCUCAAUAUCAUUCGCUAAAAUCCUCUUACAAGUUACCAGACCACGGACUGCAAUACUUGGGAAGAUUCCUAAUACAACUGUGUAUAGAAACAUCCAACAAUAUCCAGAAGCAACCAAGGUUCCAGGCGUUAUGAUUGUGAGAGUUGAUUCUGCAAUUUACUUUUCCAACUCCAACUAUAUUAAGGAGAGGAUAUUGAGAUGGUUGGCGGAUGAAGAAGAACUGCUAAAAGAAGCAUACCUACCAAGCAUUGAGUUUUUGAUAGUUGAAAUGUCACCUGUGACUGAUAUCGACACCAGUGGCAUUCAUGCCCUAGAAGAGUUGCAUAGUAGUCUCCGAAAGAGAGACAUUCAGCUUGUUCUUGCAAAUCCUGGUCCAGUGGUGAUUGAUAAGAUUCAUGCAUCCCACGUCGCAAACUUGAUCGGCGAAGACAGGAUUUUUCUCACGGUUGCAGAGGCUGUCUCGUCCUGUUCUCCAAAAUUGGUGGAAGAAGCUUGAGAUCAAAAUGGAACGUGAUUGUUGUUUGAGAGAGAAAUGGGAUGCACAAGUAUGCACUUUUGAAUUGGAGGCGCAGUUGAGUAGUGCAUGGUGGGGAAUCAAAUUAUGAAAGUGGUUUGGCGUGCCUGGGUCCAAUGCAAGUAAAAAGUAAAAGAUAACAACAUAAAAGGUGCACCAUGGUGCACUCCAAGCGAUAAAGGGUGUUUAAAAUACAGAAAAAUGUGCAUAGAAUGAGAAUCUAACUGUUGAGUCUCUCUCUCUCUCUCUCUCUCUCUCUCUCUCUCUCUGUAGUUUUGAUUUCUAGCUCACUGCCUUGUAUCCCCGACGUAUUGAAGAAAUUUGAUAAAAUGCAUUUUGCAUUCUUACUUUUGGCAAAUAUCUAGUGCCAACACUCUUGUUUUUGUUGUUAAAUAUAGAUUUGUAUACUUUUCUUUUA